CCUUCUUGAUGAAUAAUUAUGUAAAGAAUUCAAAAAUUGGCGGCAAUUGGUUAACGGUUACUAUCUGUUAGUUUACAUUUCAUACAUAAGGUAAAUCAAUUUUUAGUAAGAAUGACUGCGCAAGGAUCACCUGCUAAAAUGAAAGAAUUACGUUUACCUAUAUCAAGGGUGAAAACAAUUAUGAAAAGUUCUCCUUACGUCGAUACAAUCGGUCAAGAUGGAUUAUAUUUAGUCACAAAAGCUACGGAACUAUUUAUACAUUAUCUAACGGAAGAGGCACAUUUGCAAAGCAACAAAGGAAAUUUUUUAGACUACAAACAUCUAGCAGAAGUGGUACAAACAAAUGAUACAUUGGAAUUUCUCAGGGAAAUAAUGCCUAGAAAAAUAACAGUGAGACAAUUCAAAGAAAUGAUGGCUGUCAAGAAUUCACAUAGUAGUUCAUCAGAAAAUAGUUCAGACUCUGACAGUGAUAGUGAAUCAGACACAGAUUCUUGUUCUGAUAGUGAUGAUAGAAAAGCAGAUGAUAAUUCAUCAAAUAGUGAACAAGAAAGUAUAGAAAAAGAGAAUGGAAAAUGUGAUUCCAUUAGUGACAAAAGUGAAGCAAGUGAAAAAAGUGACAGUGAAGAUGAAACCAAGAGAUAAAAAUAGAACAAA